AUGAAGUUCACAGUGGAGCUCCACUGUGAAACCAACAACAAAGCGCACCACACCAACGAGAUCUCCGUGGACCAGCUGAUUGUGAGGCGAGGUCAGUCCUUCACUCUGACACUCAAACUGACGCAGGCUUUUCAAACUGAUAAGGACCAGCUCAUCAUCACGACAACCACAGGUUAGGAUUAUCCCAGUGAGGAGCGGGGGACGACUUGCCUCCUCUCUAUCCCAGACGGCGUGAAGCGUUCACCAAAAGCAAUAGCGGUGUGGAAGAUUGAGCUUGAUAAGAAAUCCUCCCCGAGGACGGGUGUCCUGGUCCUGACCGUCACCCCCCCAGCUGACGCCCCUGUAGGAAAGUACAAGAUGGUUGGGACUUAUAAAGGAGAGGAAAUGCUGCUGGCAUCGCUGACGAUGCUCUUCAAUCCUUGGUGUCGCGAGGACUGGGUGUUUCUGGAUGAUGAAAAGCAGAGACAGGAGUACGUGAUGAAUGAAAAUGGAAUAAUAUUCCGCGGAAGCAAUGACUACAUUAUGACUUAUCUCUGGGACUAUGGACAGUUCGAGGCGAACAUGGUGGACAUUUGUAUGAAUUUGUUGGACCUCAACCACAAACACGAGGACGACCCCGCUGAUGACAUUUCAGCUCGCUGUAACCCCAUCUACGUUGGCCGCGUGAUCAGCGCCAUGAUCAACAGUGAGGAUGACUACGGUGUUUUGGAGGGAAAUUGGGGGAGUUCUUAUGAGGGCGGACAUUCACCCAGUCACUGGACCGGUAGCAGUGCCAUCCUUACAAAGUGGCUCGAAAACCAGUUUCAACCAGUCAAAUAUGGGCAGUGCUGGGUGUUUGCCGGAGUGAUGUGUACAGUGAUGCGGUUUUUCGGAAUCCCCUGCCGCGUGGUCACCAACUUCUCUUCAGCUCACGACAACAACGCCAAUCUCAUCAUCGAUAGAUACCAUUCUAAACAUGGACUGUUGGAAAACAAAACCAAGGACAGUAUUUGGAACUUCCACGUGUGGCUGGAGGGGUGGAUGAGGCGGCCAGAUAUAUCAGACAACGGUAAAUACGACGGCUGGCAGGUUCUGGAUCCGACACCGCAGGAGCUGAGCCAGGGUGUUUACUGCUGCGGUCCUUCCCCAAAAGCAGCCAUCCUGAAAGGACACACAGGCAUCAAAUACGAUACUCCGUUUGUCUUUGCUGAGGUCAACUCUGACGCUGUCGAUUGGCUGGUCAGACGUAACGGUUCACUGGAGAAAAUAGAGUGUGUCACUGACUUAGUGGGUCAAAAUAUCUCAACAAAAGCUGUGGAUAGUAAUGCAAGGGUCGACAUCACCAAAACCUAUAAACCUGAGGAGGGAACAAGAAAAGAAAGGGUCGUCUUCAGAAGAGCCAUCAUCAAUCACUUCAAGCACCUUAAUAAGAUUAGAGAGGAGAAGAAGAGGGAGAAGGAGCGGAUGGAGACGAGGGAGACAGAGACGGAGACGGAAACGGAGACGGAGACGGAGACGGAGACGAGCGAGACAGAGAAUGUGUCCACAGCAGAGACAGACAGGGAAACAACUGAAGUCAUCCUCCCACCGCCAAAAAUGUCCAUACGAUUUGAAGAGGUGUCAAAGCCGAUUAACGGUAAGGAUGUGUGCCAGAAAUUGGUGCUGAGCAGUGAAAGUACUGCUGACAGGCCGCUGAUCAUCAACAUCGCCGUUCAAGCCAUGAACUACACCGGACACCUAGCUGGAAACAUUCAGGAUGAGGAGUGGGAAAAGACACUGCUGCCAGGAAAAGCUCUGACAAUGCCGAUCGUGGUCCCGUUCUCAGUCUACUCUAAGCCCAUGUUAGAGUGUGACAUCAUGAAGAUCUCAGUCCUGGUUAAAGACAAAGAGAAGCCAGACCACCCAUACCUGGGAGAGGUCGACGUUGUGCUGCUUGACCCACCGAUCUCCGUCACUAUUUUUGGUAACGUCAAACUGAACACUCUUGCAAGCGCAGAAAUCACUUUCAUGAACCCUGUGAACGAGACGCUGAAGAACUGCACUUUCACCAUCUCUGGAACCGGCCUCUGGAAAGGAGAGACGGAAGUCAAAUUUAGAGACCUUAAACCAAGCAGACAGGUACGUCUCAAGUUCUACAUCGUCCCUUACAAGUCUGGAGAGAGGACCCUGACUGCUGACUUCGACUGCUCACUCUUCAGAGACAUCAAAGGCCUGUGCACCGUCACCGUCAAACCCUAAAUCCUCGGGCUGACUCGGAAACAAGACAACUCAUUUAUUCAACUAAUUUUUGGGGUUCAAUAUGUUUGGUCUAGUACAUUUUUGUCUUUUGGGCACACAAAUUAAUGAGGUGUUCUCGGAUAAGAGAGCAUCACACCAUCCUCCUUGAACCUGACUUGUCCAGUGGUUCAGUCCAAGUAAUGAGUUCUCAGGGAUUUUCUAAAGAGAGGUGUGAACGACCUCAGAAAAAAAUAAAUGAAGAUACAUUUUCCUUUUGUAAAUUAAAGAUCAGGGGAAAGAAAUAAUUGUCCAGUAUAAUCUUGAAUGAAUUAAUGAAACUUUUAAUACCCCUAUAGGAGAAUUUGACUCGCACUGAGAAGCAUAAAUACACAAUAAAGGCAACAAAAGAUGUUGAGGGGGGGCAGUAGCUCAGUCUUGAGCAAGGCACCAAACCCCCAUUAGCUCUGGUGCGAUCCCUGUGUGGCAGCCUCACUCUGACAUCUCUCCACUAAUGCAUGUCCACAAGUCCUGUUUGUACAUGUGUCUAUUUUGGGCCUACAUGUGUGAGAAGCAUCUCUCAAUAACAGAAAAUCAGAAUAUCCCUCAGGGAUAAAUAAAGUAUGUCAAAUUAAAUUGAAUUAAAUACAGGACAGCACACAAAAACAAAACCAUGAAAAAGAUUCACAUGAUUACAUAUAAGAGAUUUCAACUUCAACAACUUCAGUAAAAUGCAGAGUGCAGAGUUCAUCCUGUACGAUCAGAGAUUAUUAAGCAGCUGAGUGCUGAGUGGUACACAGAUGUGACUCCUCUGUUAGUCCUCAUCCUGGGCAUUCUGUACCUGCGUCCUGAAGUCAAGAGUUCAUACUCAGACCAAAAGGGGGUACAGAGAGUCCGCUGUUGGCUAAACUCAGGGUGUACCAGUCUGUCAGGUUAGCAAUGCUGCAGUGAUCUUGCUGCCUAAUAGACUGAAACACUUAUAAAGCAAAAACUAACAACCAAACACAGAGCCCUCUUGUGUGUGUGCCACAUCUUCUGGGUUUAUAUUGAAAGCAGCAAAGAUAACGCCUGAAUGUUACAAAAUAGUUGGAUUUUAAGUGUUUAUUUACAUAAAAAGUAAAGUACAGACAUUAUAAUUCACUCCCUGAAAAUUGUUCCUAACUGACUCAGGAAAACUCUGUCAUUAAAGCCUGUUUACACUGCUAAUAAAACAAUAAAUAAUAAUAAUAAGACACAGCAGUAUUGCAGCCUGCAAGAUACAGUAUGCAUGGCGGCAGUAUAGAGGACUCUUCAGGUACCAACUCCUGUCAGAAAGUCAUGUCUGUAGGUGAAGAUUACCUAACACAGACCAUGUCGACAAUGUUUCUAUAUUUAGAAGUCCUCAGUCCUGCUGAGCCGGUGUAAACGUGAGCCCUUGUGGCUAAAAAAAAAAAAGGAAUAACAGGCCUAACAGCUU